AUGUUGAAAGGAAGAGGAAAAGUUUUUGCGCCGAAGAAGGUUGUCCGAAAACCGCAAGGUUCAGCGCCGCCUUCCUCGCGCCCCAGCGUCGAGCGAUCAUCUCAGACUCCUGCACCACAACCCUCACAAGAAAGUGUCACUACCGUACCAGAAAAGGCCAAUGUCCCGGAAUCUACUGUCGAAAGCGAUGUGCCACAUGCUGAACCAAACCGACGACAAAUACCGAGCCAGGAAGAUCAAGAGCAGGCAGUUGCGUCAGUGACUCAAGAUGGAGGCAGCACUGCUCGACCGGAUUUGAAGAGGAAGGAGAGGGGAGAUGUGAUCGCUCCACCACCGCCGAAACGGGUUUCUACAGCCUCUGAGAGGCCAAACGUUCCUGCAGCUACAAUCGAAGCUCCAAUCAUCGACAUUUCAAAUCAAGAGAAUACUCCUCAGCCUGAACCAAGUCCAGCCCAAGUGGCUUCCACAGCACAACCUCCGUCGAUAUCCACGCCUGCCUCCCAGACCCAGCCAAUCUCCAAACCAGCAGCUCGGCCGAGGAUAAUCCCUCCAAAGCAGAAGCAAAAAGCAGUUGAUGUAACGGCCUCGCAAGCACCUACAAAAUCUCCAGAGUCCAGAAGACAGCAUGGACCAAGUGCAGUAUCCCAGCCUGUACAAUCCACGUCGCUGGAACCCGCCAGCACCCCUUCGGAAACCAGCGCUUCUGCUUCAGUACCUACUCCUCCUGCGGCCAUACCCGGGGCCAACGAACAACCACCCGAAACCUUGAUACCUGAAGCUCCAAUACGGACUACAGAAGAAGAGCAUCCAGCAUCCCCCAGCCCAGAAAGGUCUCCGGAGCCGCCACGGCACAGAUAUCCUUCUCCACAGAAUAUCGUACGUCUAGCAGAUGAAGGGCCGGCCGAGUCCUCUAACAUGGGACGAGCUGGAGGUGGAGGGAUUGGUAUUGGAUCUGGAGAUAUAUCUUUGCGGCCAGGAGAAGUAAAUCAAGCUUCUGAGAUUGUUCCAAUUGGGGCUCUGAAUCCUGAUGGUACAUCUGGUGCUAUACAAGUCGAUGAACCUGCUUCCGCUACUGAGAGUUCUGCUGAGAAGGGCAAGGAUAAGCCAAAGAGAAAAUACACCAAGCGGAAAAAGGUUCAACCCCCCGGAGACGGAGAAGAUGCUCGAACUACUCUUGGGAUGCACUUGAACCGGCCGCGUCGAGUUGCAGGCAAGAGGAAGGACAAAAAGAAGGAUGGAACCAGAGGCAGAAAGGAACGUGCUGCAACUCCAGAAGGUGCUUCUGAUGAAGAAAUCGACCAGUCUACACUUACCAUGACGGAUCUCUGCAGAGACUUGCGUAUUGGCAAGAAAUUCAGUAGACACAAGGAGAUCAAAGAUCGAGUCGAAGCGAACAAGAAGUUGAACAUAAAGAAGAAGAUGAUCAUGAACAACCCCGAAAUCGAUGGCCUCGUCGGCGAUGGACCUCCUGACGGCGCCGCAAUAGCAUCUGGAUCCGGAUCCGGAGCUCCAGCACCAACACCAUCAGAAGACCGCGAGCCCACCCCUGAAGUCGCCGCAGGCGCAGGCGGAGGUCCUCAAAUCCGCCUCGUCAACGGCGAACUUGUAGUCGACGAAGCCUCCCUCCAAAUCGACAGACAAGCCCGCGCGCGCGCCAACGCCAUCGACAUGGAAGAAGUAAUCGAAGACGACUUCACCCGCGUCAUCACCUCGGGGACGUACAUGAAGCGCGAGAAAUCUAUGCUCUGGGACCACGCGGCGACAAUCCGCUUCUACGAAGGGCUCGCCCAGUUCGGCACCGACUUCGAGAUGAUCGCCAAGCUCUUCCCACACCGCAACCGCCGACAGAUCAAGCUCAAAUUCAACAAAGAAGAGCGCGCACACCCGGACCGCGUCACCAAAGCGAUGGUCGGGCCUAAAAAGCGCGCCAUCGACCUCAACACCUUCGAGCGCCUAGCAGACGAGAAACUCGAGGAUGUAGCGGCUAUUGAGGCCGAGUACGAGGAGUACGAGAAUCAGAUGCUGGCCAAGGAGAAGGAGGAGAUGGACGCGGCGGCGGAGAUUACGAGGCAGAAGAAGGCGGCUAUUCAGGGGGCGGCGGCGGCGAGGAAGAUCCUCGCGACGAUGGAUAGUGAUGAGGAAAGGGAGGGGGAGGGGGAGGUGAGGGUCGAUUCGGCGAAGGAGAAUGGUCAUCAGAGGAGGAGGGGCCAGAAGAAGAAGAAUAGGCAUAGUCAUUAUGCGGGGGGCGAGAAGGUUACGGUUUUGGAGACGAUUGAUUAUUGA